AUGUUUAGGAAACGGAAACUAGUCACGGAUUUGUUGCGUCGAGUUGAUCUCGGCGACGUAGAAGCCCUAAUUUCUCGACGCCUCUGGACUCGCGCAAUGUCCACACAGUCAAAAUCAGCUCUGCUUGCAACAGAAAAUGCAGAAAUUGAUAAUAAGCAAAGUGGAAUCUUUUCACUAGCUGGGGAAUUAGCUAGUCUUGUGGAGGAAUCUGCUCCUGUUGAUGAUACCAAACCCAGAAGCCGUAUGGAACUAAAGCGAUCUCUUGAACUCCGUUUGAAGAAAAGAGUUAAAGAGCAAUACACCGAUGGGAAGUUUAGUGACCUGUUGAAGAAGGUGAUUGCAAGGCCUGAAACUCUUCAGGACGCUUAUGACUGUAUCAGGCUUAACUCGAAUGUUUCCAUAGCAGAGAGAAAUGGCACAGUUGCGUUUGAUUCUAUUGCGGAAGAGCUCUCUAGUGGAGCGUUUGAUGUCAAUUCCAAUACGUUCUCGCUUGCGGCUAGAGAUAAAGCAAAGGAGGUUCUUGUUCUGCCUAGUGUAGCUCUGAGAGUUGUUCAAGAAGCUAUCAGAAUAGUCCUGGAAGUCGUUUUCAGUCCUCAAUUUUCCAAGAUUUCACAUAGUUGCCGAAGUGGAAGGGGACGUGCCUCUGCGUUGAAGUAUAUCAGUAGCAACAUGUCUCGUUCUGAUUGGUGUUUCACUUUGAGCCUGGAGAAGAAGAUGGAUGUUUCUGUUUUCGAGAACUUGCUCUCUGUGAUGGAGGAAAAAAUCGAAGACGGUAGUUUAAGCAUCUUACUCCGUUCUAUGUUUGAAGCUCAGGUGCUCAAUCUUGAGUUUGGAGGGUUUCCUAAAGGCCAUGGUCUUCCCCAAGAAGGGGUGUUGUCUCGUGUGUUGAUGAACAUAUAUCUUGAUCGGUUUGAUCAUGAGGUUUAUAGAAUCUCAAUGAGGCAUGAAGCCCUUGGUCUUGAUUCAAGCACUGAUGAAGAUAGGCCAGGCUCAAAACUUCGUUCAUGGUUCAGGAGGCAGGCCGGAGAACAAGAUUUGAAAAGUACUCCGGAGAAGGACAUUGCUCUCAGAGUCUAUUGCUGCAGAUUUAUGGAUGAGAUAUUUUUCUCCGUAUCUGGUCCUGAAAAAGCUGCGGUUGAUAUCAGAUCUGAAGCUGUAGGUUUCUUACGGAAUUCUCUGCAUUUGGAGAUCACAGAUGAAGCAGACACGUCACCAUGUGAAGCGACCAGUGGGCUUCGUGUUUUAGGUACCUUGGUUAGGAAAAAUGUUAGGGAGAGUCCUGCUGUCAAAGUUGUUCACAAGUUAAAGGAGAAAGUUAGACUCUUCGCAUUGCAGAAAGAAGAGGCCUGGACCUUGGGUACAGUUAGAAUCGGAAAGAAAUGGUUAGGACAUGGAUUGAAGAAGGUUAAGGAGUCAGAGAUCAAAGGCUUGGCUGAUAGUAACUCUACCUUGAGCCAAAUAUCUUGCCACAGAAAGGCAGGCAUGGAAACAGAUCACUGGUACAAGGUCUUGCUUAGAAUAUGGAUGGAGGACGUGCUAAGAAAUUCUGCAGAUAGAAGCGAGGAGUUUAUCUUGUCCAAGCAUGUUGUUGAACCUGCGCUUCCUCAAGAGCUAAGAGACGCGUUUGACAAGUUCCAAAACUCUGCUGCGGCAUAUGUUUCUUCAGAGACGGCUAAAGCAGAAGCGCUUCUGCCAUGUCCACUCUCUCAUGAUAAACCUAUCUUCUUUGGCGAUGUUGUUGCUCCUACCAAUGCUAUAAGAAAGCGUCUUUUUCGCUAUGGAUUGGUUACAGCUGAGGGUUAUGCUCGUACGAAUGCGAUGCUAAUUUUGCAAGAUACUGCUCAAAUAAUCGAUUGGUUCUCAGGACUUGUCCGGCGAUGGGUGGUAUGGUAUGGAGGCUGUAGUAAUUUCGAUGAGAUCAAGGGUCUUAUCGACAAUCAGGUCAGAAAGUCAUGCAUCCGUACAUUGGCGUCAAAAUAUCAAAUACAUGAAGAUGAAAUAGAGAAACGACUUGAUUCAGAACUGAGCACGAUUCCCUCUGCUGAAGAUAUAGAGCAGGAAGUACAACAUGAGAGAUCAGAUUCUCCGGCUUUUGAUAAAGAUGAACAUCUAACAUACGGCAUUUCCAACAGUGGAUUGUGUUUGCUGUCUUUAGCUCGAAUAGUGAGUGAAUCGAGACCUUGCGAUUGCUUCGUAAUCGGUUGCUCGAUGGCUGCACCUGCUGUUUAUACUUUGCAUGCGAUGGAGAGACAGAAGUUUCCUGGUUGGAAAACUGGGUUCUCUGUAUGUAUUCAUCCUAGCUUAAAUGGAAGGAGAGUAGGGCUGUGUAAGCAACACCUGAAAGACCUCUAUUUAGGUUAUAUAUCACUUCAAGCCAUUGAUUUUGGAAGCUGGAGAUGA